AUGUUACAUCCAUUACUGCUGUUAUGGACGACGUUGUUUGGAGCAUUGUUGUGUCCUAGUAAUGCAAUCACAAAAAGUUUUGUGAAUUCAUCGAUGCCUGACAUGCGACCGACAUUUGUUGUUAACUUUGACACUGGUACUGUCAUUUGUCAACAUUCACCGCAUCCGGAUGAUUUACAUUUGCAUCAAAUCUCGAUUAUAUGCGAUGGCAAGCCAGAUUGUUACAGUAAUCCAGCAAUGCAUGACGAAAGUUUCCCAUACUGUGGUAGCCGGUGUAACUCAACAUGCAGUCAACGGGGUGCAUGCUUGUUCGAUGGAACUCAGGGACAGUGCUACUGCAAUGCCGGAUAUCAUGGUCCUCACUGUGAGCUUAAUGAUGACAAUGAGUGUAAGGAUAAGCCCUGUCAUUGGUUGGCACAUUGCCGUAAUACUUACGGCUCGUAUUCUUGCACCUGCUUCCCGGGGUUUCAAGGAGAUGGACACGAGUGCUCCGAUAUUAAUGAAUGUGAGACAGGGACAGCGCAGUGCCCGGAUCAUUCAACAUGCGUCAAUCUGCCGGGGACGUAUUUCUGCAACUGCACUGAAGGAUAUCAGCCACUGGGCAUACCACUUGAACGUUGCGCUGAUAUCGAUGAAUGCGCGCAAGAAAUUCAUGAUUGCCCAGAAAAUUUUAAGUGCCAGAAUGAGGUUGGUAGAUUCAAAUGUGUGGAAAAAUGUGACACUGGAUAUCGUUUGGUGAAUGGGACAUGCGUCGACAUCGAUGAGUGCAUGGAAAAGAUUUCUGAAUGUAACAGUCGUGCUACUUGCGUAAAUGCGGUUGGAGCUUAUCAGUGCAUAUGUGAAGAUGGCUUUACCGGAGAUGGUGAAAACUGUACACCGAUAAAUGAUUGCAGUCAACAAGAAGGUAUUUGUGAUCGACAUGCUUUUUGCAUUGGUACUCUGCGGAUGUGUAUAUGCCAAUCAGGAUAUGUUGGUGAUGGCUUGAAUUGUUAUGAUGUAAAUGAAUGCGCAGCAAGACAUAAUCCUUGUGAAGGUCAAAUCAGUGAAAUGCGCUGUGUGAAUAUUGAUGGUGGUUAUAUAUGCUGUGAGCAGCAUCUGGACGACAAACGAUGCAUUAGAGAAAAAGGUGCAUUUUGUUCUGGUGGAUGUGGACUACAAGCCGUGUGUUACAACGAAACAUGCCAAUGCAUGGAGGGAUUUAGUGGUGAUCCGCGAGUUAAGUGUUCUGAUAUAAAUGAAUGUGAAGAUGAUAAACAGUGUCCGGGUGCUGGCGAAUGGUGUGUCAAUCUGUUCGGUGGAUUCAUUUGUUGUAAUGCUGAUUCAAAGAAUCCCGAAUGCUCUGGUAACAAUUCUAAACUUAAUGGCAUUCGAAGGACUUUUUCGACCGACAGUAUUCAACAAAAAACAACAGGAGGUUUUCUGACCAUCGAUAAGCAGGUGAUAUCGUCAAAACAGUUUGGUCUUGCAUGCUAUUUUGGAUGCCCUGCUGAUUCACAUUGCGUUAAUAGUACCUGUCACUGUAACGAUGGCUUUAUUGGAAAUACCUUUGAGGGCUGUGCAGAUAUUAAUGAAUGCGAACUUGGCCUAUGCAAUCAAUCAGAUUCAUGGUGUGUUAAUUUGCGUGGCUCAUUCGCAUGCUGCACAACGAAUUCCACCUUAUCUGACUGUAUUGGCUUAGAAAUCACUGAUGGUCGUGAAAAUGAUAUCAGUGCUGAUAACACUAAAGGGGAGAAUUUUGCCCUGCCUUCUGCUAUCGAAAAAAUUACAGGCAAUAUGAAAGUUGGUACUUCUGGCUCUGGUAGUGCUAGUGAUACUGGCAAUACAAAUGAAUCUUGGAGUGGUAGUUCCAGUAAUGGUGAAUUGAGUGGUAAUAGGCGAAAAACUAGUUGGGCUAUUGAAACGGUCGGGGAAUGGAGAAAUUUCACAGGUCAUGCGAUAAUUAUUGGCCGUGGGCGAAUUGAAAGCAAAAAAUGGAAUGUAGCAAAAAACAAAAAUGGAACACAGAUUGGCAUUGAAGUGCACAAAAAUGGGACGGAAGAAGGAAAGUACUUUCAAUUUUCAAUCAAAGAAGAAGCAGAUAAGGCUGGUGAAAGGAGCAAAGGAACCGAAGGAUCUGGCGAAGAUAUUGAAAUUAGCGAUGGAGUAGAAAAAUCACCUCAUGAUGAAACUUUAACUUCGCUAUCUUCAGAAGCUGAUAAAAGUAGUCAAAAGGGAUCUGAUGAAAUCUUGACGAGCACUACAGCUUUAUCAAUACCAACGAUUAGCAAUUUCAGUGAAGUGCUUAAAACUAGGGAAGAAGAAACCAAAAAACCCGAAAUUGUCAUUCUCCGUUAUUCAAAAGCGCCAAUAAAUUAUACGUCUACUCAAUCAAAAAUAUCGUUCGAAGGAAAUCCUGAAAGUUCGGCUCUUCUUACUUCAAUGCUAAAGUUUCCAAAAAUUUUAGCGUCAGAAGCCCGUGGAAAAGUUUUAAGUGAAGUGAAUACCACUACAUAUAACUCUGGAAAAUCCACAACUUCCACAGUCUCUGAAAUUAUUAAAUAUAGCACAGAUGCUGAAUCUAUUUCUGAAGUAGGACCAAUGAAAAGUGAAGAACUAGAAACAACUACAAUUCUGGAGAUUAGCAAAACAGCAAAAACGGUUUUGGUAACGGAAAGUAGUUUGAUAAAAUCGAAGGAAUCAUUAGCUAGAACGGGAAAUGACAAAAGAAAACAAAUAGCGAAAGCUACGAACAAAGAAACUGCUUUGACAAUACCAUCGAAUGUGAAUAAUGAACUCAGAAGCAGUGCCUAUAUUACCAGUGAAGAUCUUGAAAUGCAGAUGGGAUUGACUGGUAAGGAAAUUGAUGACUCUUCGACAUCGCAAAAUCAAGCUAUAGUUAUUGGAGCGGUAACCUUACCUUCUAUUCCAGAGAGCAAAUCACAAUGGAAAAAGGAAGGGGAGCUGAAACUACAGCCAGAGAAUUUCACGAUGACAAUUUCUGGAGCUGAUAUAGCAAUUACUGUAGGACAAGAAACCGUCUCACCAACAGUUAUCGAAGUUAUUCAUAAGGGAGCAGUAACUGUUAUUCCAGAAUCUAAUUCAUCAGGUUCAAGUGCAGUUGCACAUUCAGAAUCUGAAAGACCAGCCAAACUUCAUGAAACUUCUAACCCAUUUGAAGAGCGAUUGGAUAAGACCACCUUAAAACUUGGUCUUGAAAUAACUAAAGCUUUAUUAACAACUGAACAAACUGGGAUUGAAAUAGUGAAAGCGUCUAGUGAUCAUAUUGAGACUGCUGAAGCGGGUGUUACAUUACAUCCAUAUCCGAAAAGUACUGAACCAGUUCAGUUUAUAGAAAAUACUAUAGAAUUGAAAUCAAAUUCAACACCAGUAUCACAAAAAACUGAAUCUAAGAAACCGCAAAAUUCAGUUCCAAUCGGAACGACGCAAGGACAAGCUGAAGCGAUCAAUUUCAAAAAACUUCCAGAACAAUUCACAGAGAUUGUUGAAAACACCAAAAUACCUGUAAUAUUUAAGCAAACAAUGAAAAACGCUGAAGUGGACGGCAUGAUAUCACGUAAUGCUGUAACUGCUGCGGGUUCAACAAGUAAUCUUUCAUCUUUCAAUCAACUUUCUACCAUGGCAUUUAAUAGAGCAUCAGUUUCACUUAUUAAGCCAAUAAGUUAUAAUAACUUGCCGGAAACUGUCUCAACGCAGUACUCUGUUGCAACGAUACAUGUGACACCAACUGAAAGCGGAAUUGGUACUACACAGGAAUCAUCUACAGCUGGAACUAUUCGACUUAGUGCUUCACUUCCUAGCCAAACAACAACUGCUAACCUAUCAUCUAGAGAUGCUGCGGAAGAAGUAAAAGCAAUAAGAAAUGACAAAAAACAUGGCAAAGGUGCUACUACUGAAACAGAAAAUGGUGAAACAUCCUCAAAAGGUAUCGAACUUGAGGGUUCAGGCGAGGAAAUAAUUGAAGUGCAAACUGUUAACAGCACCAAUAGCUUCGUUUCAAACUCUGCCACCGAAACAAAUAAUUUUUUAAGAACAGCAGCUAUUGAUGUUAGAGGUCAUGAAGUUGGACUGGAAAUUGUGUUAAUAAAUGGGCAUCCUAAAACAACAGAGCUUACAAGUGACGAAACCAUGAGAAAAUCUUCAAUAUUUGGUUCUCAUAGAAUUGAGGAAUCAACAGCUUUCGGAACAAUUAGUUCACAAUAUUUUGAAAAAAGUAAUGGUAUAAUAGGCGUAAAUACUAUUAGAAACAUGGAAACUACAUUUGAAACCACUGCUCACAAAAAGCAGGGUUCGUUCGAAGAAGGAGAAAUCGUUACCAGUACAGAAAUAAGUCCAGCUACAAAUAUUUAUGGGUCUGAAAUUGUUUCGACUUCUGCAUUAGGUGCAACUGAACUUGCAAAGAUUUCGAAGUCAUCGACCUUUCUUAGAACGAGUGAGACUUCCCUACCAAUUGAUAUGGGUGACAGCAUUAAAAAUACGUUGAAACCAGCAAGCAGUAAUGGAGCUACCGUUCUCCAUGUGGAUCAUGGGAAAUUGGGAGCCAUUACUACUCCUAAAUUUAUAGCAUCUUCAAGUUUCUCGACUAGAAAAACUCUCGCGAAAGUAUCCGAAAAAGAAGAACGUAUAAAUUCGACUGUUGAAAAUAUAAUAAAAAUUAAAGCUAUCACCGAAGGAGCAGAAAAUGAUGUUGUGACAUCUGAUGGAAAAAUCAAGUACUCCUCACAUUCGACUGCUAAGGAUUUGAAUAUGAGGUUCGGAUCUGUGACUGCGGUAGAAACUUCUACGUUUAAAUCCACUGCAGGAUUAGUAAACACUUCAAAAACUGUACCAGGAGGAAUACAUCCUGAUAUUACCACAUCAGGAAAUCCAACUGAGGUAUCACGAAUAGCUGACGUAACAGAAGCAUUCAGUGAACCGAACAAAUGGAUAGCUUCUAAUGCUGGGCAAUUUACUGCAACACUUAGUGAAUUUACAGCGAAUAAAACAGAAAUAGGGAAGCAAACAGAAAGAAAGAGAUUGAAGGAUGUUGACAGAUCGAAAUCUGUUUCUGAAAUGAGCAGUUUGACUUCACCUGUUAUGGAAAUAGGAGGAAUUAGAACCUCUACAAUUCCCGAAAUAACUAAGCUAGAAACUUCACUUAUUUCAGAACUUAAAUUUAUUAAAGAGACUGAACAAGAAAUUAACAUAACAACAGAUACUACUAGAGAGACAAGUUCUCCGAAAGUUUCUUUGCAGUCAAAGAAAACGGAGGAGUUGGUAAUUCCACUGUUAAGUUCUAAUUUUAUGACAACUGUCGAACGAAAAACUUCGGGAAUCGAACUUGACAAAACAACAGCUGUAUUGGAAUUAGACAGAAUAACAGAGUUAUCUGCUUCUGAAACUGGUACAACAAAGCGCAUAGCAGAAGAUGAGACAUUAGAAUCGGUAAUGUCAACAAAAUCCGAAAUGGAAUUCAUAAAGAGGAUGAGUACGUUAGAAUUUCCGCCGAUUAAUUCAAUAGAAAGAGAGCCUACGUCAAUUCAGGAAACAGCAUUUUCAGUAUCAGGGACUGAUAUACAUACUGCAGCAUUUCUUGCUUUCAAAACUUCAACAAAUCCUUCAUUUCCUUCUCCUGAAACUGUUACAAACGAUGGAAGCAUUAUCACUGUUGCAAAUUCUAGGAAUUUCCCAAGCACAUUAGCUGAGGAAGUAAUUUCCAAGCAAUUUCUUAAAUCAGUUUCUCAAGUUUCACCUCUCACUACCACCUCUACUUUAUCAGUAGGAAAUACCGUUGUUUCUCAACCCUCCGAAAGUUCUAAAACUGACUUGUCAUUAACACCAACAUCAUCUAGAAGUAAUUUAGAAACGACACUUAUUGAUAGCAUGAAUAUAUUAAAAAUAGAGCCAGAAACUGUUGGAUGGACGAUAAAACCGGAAGAAACAGGAAAAAAUGGAAUAGCAUUAGAAAUGAAAACGGCAGUCCCUGCUGUCAUUUCUAAAACAAAAAUUUCCGAAUCAACUCAUUAUCCAUCAGGGAUUUCGAUAAAAGUUGAGCAAACACCAACCAAAAGUUCAGUUAGCGAUGAAGAUUUAUUCAAAAUAACCCAACAAGAAACUGUAAGUCCGCUAUAUGCAAAUAUUUCGGAAUCUGAAGAAUAUGUGACAGCUACCAAGACGGUGUACACUAUUCAAGAAACCACGGGAACACCAAUUACUCAGAAUGAUAUUCCUGCCUCAUCUUUGCGCUGUCAAAGUAGCAAUGAAUGUGGAGCAGAUGCAUACUGUGAACGACGAUCUGGAGUUUGUCGUUGUUAUUCGGGAUUUGAUGGACAACCUCCAAUGACGCCGUGUGUCGAUAUCAACGAAUGCGAAAGGCACCUGGAUGAUUGUGACUCAACAUCGCGAUGCUCCAAUAUAGUUGGUGGUUUCAUGUGUUUCUGCGAAACCGGUUACCGAAUGUCAAAAGAACAUAUUUGCGUAGACAUUGACGAGUGUCAAGAGCGUGCUGGACGGCCUUGUAGUCAACAUGCUAUCUGUAUCAAUAUACCGGGAUCUUAUCAGUGUCAAUGUAAUCUUGGAUAUACAGGUGAUGGGUACACAUGCAUUCCAACAGACAAGAGACACUGUAAAGAGGAAGAAUUGGCGAAGUCUAAUUGUGGAACGAAUCAUUUGUGUUUAGUGAAUGUCAAGGGUGAAAUUGAUUGUGAGACUUGCAAGAAGGGUUUUGUGAAAGAAGAAACGGAUUGCAUAGAUAUUAAUGAAUGUGCUCAAAGUGGUAUAUGUCAUGAAAAUGCAUUCUGCGAGAAUAGCGAUGGCUCUUAUUCAUGUCACUGCCAAUCUGGAUACAAAGGAGAUGGCUACAAAUGUGACGAUAUUGAUGAAUGCCAGAAUAAUCCAUGCCACCCCCAGAGCAUUUGUACCAAUCUUCCCGGUUCCUUCAGCUGUAAGUGUCCAGAUGGAUGGGUUGGCGAUGGCAAAAACGAAUGCAUUAAUCCAUUUGAUACUGCUUGUCUGGAUAAGUUGUCGGUUUGUAACCAAGUCAACCAUACAUCAUGUUUGUCAGUUACCUUAGGUGUCAUCACAACGUCAAUAUGCGAAUGCUCUGCUAAUUAUCGAUAUAAUCAUAUCAAACAUAUCUGCGAAGAUAUUGAUGAAUGUGUAGAAAACCGCCAUAGUUGCGAUCCCUCGAAUUCGAUUUGUGUCAAUACACUUGGUGGUUACACAUGUAUGUGCUCACUUGGCUACGAAGGUGUAGGGGGUGUUUGCGUAGAUGUUAAUGAAUGUGAACGAGGUGUCGCUGAUUGCAAUGUGCCAUAUCGAUGCGAGAAUCAUUUGGGAAGCGUUGGAUGCAAGUGCCCGCCAGGAUUCAUUGGUAAUGGCAUAAAUUGCAUUGAAAUCGAGUCUUUCACAAAAGCUGAUUCUGGUUGCAACGAUGAAUGGAAGAAAACUUGCCAGCAUAUGAACAGAACAUGUCAUAUCGAUGACGAGGAUGUACAACAGUGUGGCUCGUGUAUUAUUGGUUAUCAACCACUAAAUGGGAGAUGUCUUCCAGUACAAGAGACAGGUAACUGUGGGGAUCCACAGAAGAAUGAUUGUGAUGCAAAUGCGGAAUGCAUCGAUGUACAUCCUGGGCAUCAUUUCUGUACCUGUAAAGUAGGAUAUAUUGGUGAUGGACGACACUGUGAUGGUCCUAAUUGUCAUUUGAAUGUAACCAUGUGCCACAAAAAUGCUCGAUGUCAACUUGAUGGAACCUGUAAAUGCAAGAAUGGUUAUCAGGGAAAUGGAGUUGACUUAUGCCAGUUAGAAAGUGAGAAGAAACAGGUUGGAAAGACGUUUAAAAAUGGAACGGGAGUAUUAACAAUCACAAAAGCCACAGUGAAUCGAGAAAUCAAACAGGAUAAUGAAACGCCGUCUCUUAAUUCUGUUUCUGAUUCCGGAUUUGGUACUUUGUUCACAGUCAUGUCAUCCACGAAAGUAACUCCGACGACAAACGAUAGGAGAUCUCAGCAAAACAACGGUAUGGAAGAAGUGACAAGUAAAAGUACAGGUCCGACCAAAGGAAGUUUAGAAAAGAGAAAUAUUACUGUCGUUACUACUUCUACAACUUCACAGGGUUGGGUAACUGCUGCUAGUCACGUGGUAUCUGCGGUCUCUGGUGAAGGUGGCAUAAUCAGUGAAGCUUGGCAACACAGUACGAAGUCUAGUAACAAAUUAUUCACUGCUGGAGCAUUACCUUCGGAAAUGGCAUCAAGUCGUCAAGGCGCGAAAGAAUCUGCUCGUGUUCUUGGCUCUGGUGCUUGGGUUCAUUCAGACCUUACUUCAUCCAAAGGUGCUUUCAUUCCGGAAGAAAUUCAGAAAACAGCUGUGCAAAAGUGCACUGUUGCCAAUCAAUCAACAUGUCAUGAAUUUGCGGUUUGUGCAGAAGGAGAGUGCGUUUGUAAGUUAGGAUAUCAUGGUGAUGGAUACUCCAUUUGCAUGAAAGAUAUUGGUGAUUGUACUUUUGACCCAACAAUUUGCGAUUUGCGCGCUGUGUGUGACAAAUCGACACAUACUUGCAAAUGCAUUCAAGGUUACAUUGGUGAUGGCGUCAUUUGCGCUCCAGAUACCUUCGACUGCUUGCUAAGGCCAAAUUUGUGCAGUAAUUUUGCUGAAUGUAUUGGUCGAAGAUGUAUCUGCACUGCUGGAUAUACUGGUGAUGGUACCGAAUGUGUUACGCUUGAACCGGUGCAAGAUUGUACGCGAUGUGAUGCUAAAGCAAAGUGCUACAAUGGAACUUGCAUUUGUAAUAAGGGCUAUUUUGGUAAUGGCGCAGUUUGUAUCGCUGACCCAACUGAUUGUGUUCAUUAUCCCGGUCUUUGCCAUUCUAAUGCCAUCUGCGAUCAAGAAAAGAGGCGAUGUAAGUGUACACGAGGCUAUAUUGGAAAUGGAAUGGAGUGUAAUAGGAAGAAGGAUUUGUUGUGCUUGAACGACAGAAGCAUUUGUGAUCAUAAUGCCGAAUGCCUUUUAACUGGUAUAUGCCGAUGCAAACAAGGAUUUGAAGGAGACGGCUACUACUGUCGUGAAGUGAAUGUGAAAUAUGAAGUGAUACAAACAAACGUAAGUAACGUAUCAGAGUGUGAGCAGCAAUGUAUUGCAAAUGAAGAAUGUUACCACGGGCAGUGUCGAUGCGCUGAGGGAUACAAAAGGGGUCCAAAUACUACCUGUGUGGAUAUUGAUGAAUGUUCUAUGGGUUCGCACAAUUGCCACCCUGUGGCGCUCUGUACUAAUGUUCCUGGAUCCUUCACAUGCAUUUGUCCGACCGGUUAUCAUGGAAAUGGACGUAAAUGUUCUCAACAUCAUCCUCUUCACAAUAUGUCCGUAGAUUGUGAAUUGGACGGGAUGACCUUGGCUUUGGUCAAUGAUCCUGAUCUGUAUGAUGGUCGAAUAUUUGUUCGUGGUCAAACUGAUAAUCCAUUUUGUUCUAAGAAACUCAACGCUCUGCUUACCAAUGAGACUGAAUAUCAUCUCAUAAUUCAGUAUUCUCACUGCAACGUCAGAUUCGAAGAACCCAACACCAUAGCCGUGACGGUAGUAAUUCAACGACAUCCGAUGUUUAUCACUGAACGAGCGGAUGCUUAUGAUGUUAGAUGUACAUAUCCUAUUGGCGUUCGAAAGGUAGCAAGUCAUGUGGGUAUUUCUGAGAUAACUACCACUAAGACUAUUGUUGAAACGGGAAUUGGACCAACCUGUUCAUUAACCGUUACCAAUGAACAAGAUCAGUUAAUUGAUACCGCUAUCGUUGGACAGCCACUGAAACUUGCCUUAACUGUAUAUCCAAAUGAUACAUACGCAGUUCUUCCGCGGAAUUGUUUUGCAAUAAAUUUGGAGACAGGUGAAUUGUAUUUGUUAACUGAUCAAAAUGGGUGUGCUAUCGACACGGAACUUUUCCCAGAAUGGACUUACCGACAAGUGUGGCUUACAACAGCCAAAUUUCGGACAUUCAAAUGGCCUGACAGUUCGAUGAUUCGUUUCCAGUGUGACUGUUCGGCAUGCAUUGAAAGCUGUCCAAAGGUCAAUUGCACGAAACGAAGUGAAUCAACGAAACAGCGUCGUUUUCGGCACGUGCGUGAAGUUCCAAGAAAUUCCGUAGAUGAAGAACUAGAGAAGCAUGUAGUAAAAAGUGCAAAAUGGAUGGCGUAUUCUCGAGCAUUAUACAUUAACGAGGAAGAGGAGCUGGUACGAGCACAACGUGACAUGAAGCGUUGGAAGUACCAAGGUUUAAAAACUUACGAAGAACCAAUGAAUGCAUUACCUGAUGAUAUCUGUAUUCGAGCUGUUUGGGUAAUACUGUCUCUGCUACCACUAAUUCUGUUAUUGGUUCUUAUUGGUUUACUAUCUGCGAUGUGGCGAAAACAAUUAUCCACCAAAAUACGCUGGAGGAGAGCAGUUGUCAAUGAUAGCGAAUCUUCAUAUUUAAAAUUUUAG